AUAUUUUAUGAAACAUAUAAAUUUGCAAAGCUACUCUAUGCUGGAAAUCGGCUUCAAUAUGAGCUUCAAGCACCUGAGAUUCCCAGCAGCAACCUUCUUUUUGCUGCUCUUCCUUCACCUUCAUCUUCUUCUUGCACUUCCUCCAAAACCCGUGCUUGCAGGCCAAGACCAAAAUGAUAAAGAAGCAAAGGAGGCGGCAAAGCCAGUCUCAAUCUCGACUGAAUCAGGAGGUGAGCACGUGAUCAGAGUUGUUAAAAAACGUGGUGGUGGUGCAGCUGCUGGAGCCCGCGGCGGUGGCGGAGGAGACACGGCUGCCAGCGCCAAUGGAGGAGGAGGUGAUGGUGGGGACAACGGCAGAGGAUCGGGAGCACAGAUUCCAGUUUAUACUGCAGGUGCCAUGAAUCAUAACCGUUACCAUCACCAUGGGUCUAACGGUGGCGCCAUUAACUGUGUUGGCUCAAGUUGCUUGGCUUUAAUAUUCAUCACUUCUGUUUCUCUGUUUUAUUGUACAAACAUUUGAUGAUCUUUAAUUUUCUUUUCAUGUGUAUGAAUAUGAGGAUACAUACAUAUAUCAUAUAUGUGUGUGUAUAGAAUUGC